UUUUUUUUAACAUUUUCCUUUUCUUCUUUUUACUUCUAUUUCAUACCAUAGCAGUUUUAUCUAAAUUAUCUGGAUAUGCGCUGUUUGCUUAUUUACUUCCUGCAGCUCCUAUUUCUGAUUCUUCUUCUUUCGGUGCCUCAGGCGCCACCGCUUCCAACGACUUCCUGGCGUCUUUGCUCUCCAACUUUUAAAUCUUUCUUCUUCCCGAAUUAUCUCUCUUUCUUCUCGAAUUGCUUCUUCGCUUCUUCUAUUAGUUCUUUAUCAGUCGCUCCCAACAACUGACCCCCCCCCCCCCUUCCC